AUGAAAAAUCGAAAAAAAUGGAUUUUAGAAAAUCUUCCUACAAUAGACGAAAUAUUUGAUCAAUUUCCUCGAUUAGCUGAUUAUUCUGGUCAAAUGAUUGAUGAGGAGUUCGACAGAUUGUACAGCGGAGCUUGUGAUAACUUUUUAACAAAGUUUUCUACAUAUUAUGUUCCUAGAAUUCUUACAUACUGCAACACAGUGAGACAAGAUUUAUAUAGAGUUUCAAAUUUUAUUGAAGAAGAAAAUCUUCGUGCCAUAUUACUUUUAGCGUAUUUACUCCCUGUGUCAAAUUUAUUGAGGAAGGGAAAAGGAAAAAAAAGGGUGAAGGAUGUAACUGAUAAUGUUACAUUGACUCCAAGUAUCAAUUCGCCAAUCAUAGCACUUGAUUUAUUAUUCAAGGUACAUUAUGUUUUAAAUGUUACAUAUCCUACAACACUACUAAACUUUUUCAGUUUCUUAGAAAAUUAUUGUUUUAAAAUUUCAUCUAAAAAAGCACAUGCUUUUGUAUCUUCUACUCAUAUUAAUAUUUGUAAUACCACACCAAUAUCAAAUGUGAUAGAUAACACAUCAGAUACAUAA